CCUCUCGCUGGCCGCGGCGGCGACGGCGGCAGGCGCCAGCGAGGCCCGUGGGGAGUGGCGGCGCAGCCUGGCGGGUGGGACCAUCGGCCGGGCCCUGGCCCGCGCUCAACCGGCGCGAUGCUUUUCUCGCUCCGGGAGCUGGUGCAGUGGCUGGGCUUCGCUACCUUCGAGAUCUUCGUGCACCUGUUGGCUCUGCUGGUGUUUUGCGUGCUGCUGGCCCUGCGUGUGGACGGCCUGGCUCCCGGCCUCUCCUGGUGGAACGUGUUCGUGCCCUUCUUCGCCGCUGACGGGCUCAGCACCUACUUCACCACUAUCGUCUCCGUGCGCCUCUUCCAGGAUGGAGAGAAGCGGCUGGCUGUGCUCCGCCUUUUCUGGGUCCUCACGGUUCUUGGCCUGAAGUUCGUCUUCGAGAUGUUGUUGUGCCAGAAGCUGGUGGAGCAGACUCGGGAGCUCUGGUUUGGCCUGAUCACGUCUCCGGUCUUCAUUCUCCUGCAGCUGCUCAUGAUCCGUGCCUGCCGGGUCAACUAGCCUCGCAGAAGAUAAGCUAGAAUGCGGGACCCCAGGCUGAGGUCCCACUUCGCCGCACCAGAGAAGUCUGGGUCUGAAGGCCAGCUUGUGCCCUGCUGGGUGCCCAGCUUUCUAUCAGUCAUCUCUGAAAUGGUUCCCUCAGCAGGGCCAGAAAGAACAGCCUUGAUUCUUAAAAUGUAUUCCCUCUUAUUUCAUCCUUUGAAUAGCUAAUCUUGAAUUGAGAUCCUGAGAAGGAUCCUGAGAAGGCCAGACAGUCCUGAACUCUUCUGACAGUUGGAAACUGCAUAUAAGUAAAAUGUCCUGAUGGGCUCUGAGUAUUUUCAUGGAUCCUGGGAAAGUACCCACUGUGCAAAGGCUGCAAAGCUGGACUCGGGAUCUCCCCUGGCCAGCAGUGCUGACCUGAGAGCUUACUGCCCCAUCCCCCCAGACAAGACUUCCUUAGAUGCUUGAGCUCUAAAAAGUGUAAACCAGCUUGUGUCUCCUCCCCAGUUGCACUGGGGAGGAUGGCUCUUUCUUCAUUCCAGCCCAGGCAGACAGGAGUAUGUCGAAUAAGCAUGAUCGGGACCCUAUCUGGAUAUCUGUCGCCUGAGAAAAGAACUUGCUUUCAACGCGCUGCUUGUCUUCUUAUCCCAGCAGAUUGCAGUGUCACGACUUUUCCACCACCUCAUGGCCGGCACUGUUAGUGCACCUGAGACCUUUAGGCCGCCCUAAGGGACCAGAGAGAGGAACAGGUGCUCUGACGCGCAUAGCCAUUGAGACCUACACGUGGGAAGUUUGCAGAUGGUCUCAGGCCACGCCUGUUGGCCUAAGGGCUUUGGUUUGAUGCCAGUCAGGUGCCAAAUGAGAACAUUUGCUGAGAUAAAAAUAAAAUAAGAGAAUGUUUUGCUGAAA